CCCGCGGAGUCGCGCAUGCAGGGAAGAAAAGUACCCUCCAGAGUCACCAUGACGCAGUUUUAGGAGAACUUUUUUUCCACGGAGCGCGGAAACCUUACAGUCCAGGACAUUUUAUUCCCACUUUCCCGAGUUUCCCCUUUCGCCGUUUCCGAGCCGCCGCGCACCGGUGUGAUGCCCGCCGGGAUGUUCAGCAUAGACAGCAUCCUGUCCGGCCGACCGAGCUGCAAGGAGCCGCUGCUGCUCCACCGGAGCGGCCCGGUGGUGCUGUCUGCCGGCCUCACGGACUCUAUCUACACCGACUACAACGGACUGUACUCGACCACCUGUGGGCCCUCUCCUCCCGGGAUUCAGUCUGUGAACGGGACCAGGAUAGGAUAUAACGGCUACUACUACGGACAGCUGCACGUCCAGGGCGCCGGAGGAGGUCCGCCGUGCUGCAGCUCUGUGCCCGGCCUCAGCCCGCAGCAGUGCCCCUGCAUCCCGGCAGGCUACGACAGCGCGGGCUCGGUGCUGAUCUCACCGGUUCCGCACCAGAUGAUGUCCUACAUGAACAUGGGCAGCCUGUCGCGCACCGAGCUGCAGCUCCUCAACCAGCUGCACUGCCGCAGGAAGCGGAGGCACCGCACCAUCUUCACCGACGAGCAGCUGGAGGCUCUGGAGGGCCUCUUCCAGGAGACCAAGUACCCGGACGUCGGCACCCGGGAGCAGCUGGCCCGCAAGGUCCACCUCCGAGAGGAGAAGGUCGAGGUUUGGUUCAAAAACAGACGCGCGAAGUGGAGGAGGCAGAAAAGGUCUUCAUCAGAGGAAUCAGAGAACUCUCAGAAAUGGAACAAAUCGACCAAAACGUCCGCGGAGAAAACGGAGGAGAGUAAAAGCGAGGUGGACUCGGACAGCUGAUAAAAAAAGCGACCGAACACGGCCACAUGUGUGUGUGCGUGCGUGCGUGUGCGCAUACGGUGGAAAGUGAUGUGGACUCCACGACAUGCUGGUGGUGUGAUGAAACUUGUUGCCAUGUUGCACAGUUGUACAUAUCUACAUUUUAUUAUUGAUUCUGUCUAUUUAUAUUUAAUUUAAGUUCUUUUUGUAAUGUUACGCGCGCCAGAGGACGUGACGCCCGGCGGGUUGACUGACAUGUCUGAAUAUAUCGUGAUGUUAUAUGUGACACUUUUGUGGAUAUUAAAUGUUGUAAUUCUGGUAUUUUUCCCGCUGUAACAUUAUUCAGUGCGCUCAGCCGGCCGCAGGGGAAACAUGUGGAGCCUGUAAAAACAUCCAGAGGCGGAGCGCAGCAUCACCGCACAGCUGUUAUGAAGAAUAU